AUGGAUGAUGUGGGAAGAAUACGUUAUCAGAUCUCUCCUGUGAUUGAAAGUAUACACCUAGAAGAUGAGACUAUCACAGAUAUAACCACAUACGAGAACAACUUAUAUGUUGGCACAAGCAAUGGCCAACUAUUGCAUUUCCACCGAUUCGACGACACAACAGAAUAUAUCCCCAUAACUACUAUCAACGUGGGGACUCACUCCGUAUCCAAAAUCUUAUGCAUUGAGUCUAUUCAGAGACUACUUGUCAUAUCAAAUCGUAUUGUCUUGUCCUAUGUCUUGCCAGAACUUUCCCCAUGUCGAAUGAAAAAGAUGAAGGAUGUUACUGAUUUACAGAAGUUGGACAGUCUGGUGCUCGUUUUGUCGCCGACAAAGAUCAGAAUCAUAAACAUACAAGCGGAUACCAUUACGUUAGCAAAAGAGAUAAAUUACCAAGGAGGAGUGGCGUGUCGAUCGUGCAAAGAUAGCAAUUUUAUUGUGGUCGCCAACAACGAGAGUUACGAUAUUAUAGAUUUAGACAAUAAUAGAAAAGUUCCCUUAUUUAGCUACAAGUCAGAGUCAACAGUCCACCCAUGGAUCAUACCAUUUGACGGAGAAUACUUGUUGUCAGUUCUGUCAGAUACCAACACGUCCAUGGCAAUGUUUAUAAAUAGUGUGGGAGAUGUUACGCGUGGAACCUUGACAUGGGUGGACAAAGGGUACCCCGAAAACUCAAUUGCCCUUGAGGGUGAGUACGUUUUUGCAUUGUUUAAAAACAAGAUGAUUGUUUCGUCGUUGGUUUCACUUGACACAGUUUUGGAAAUGGAAAAUCCGGGAUACACUAUCACGAAAGUGCCACCGGCAAUUGUCAAUGACAAGAGCUUGGCAAAUAUCAUAGAUACUAUUCAACCUACGGCCAGUUUGAUUUUGACUAAUGGGAAACAAAUAUUUGGUUUACACAAAGUACACAAAUUAGUGGAAAUACAGCAACAGUUUAUAAAUGACAGUCUAACAGAAUUAAACCCCGCAAGCUAUACUGGUAAUGCCAGGGAUUAUAUCACCUACCUUGCAUUGGUCCAAGCUGUAAUUACCAAAAAUGAUGACAAGUUUUGGGAAUUUGCCAACCAGGAAACAAAUGAGCAGUUGGUUGUUUCACCACAGUUUGUGUUCUAUAUAUUGGGUGGAGGUGAAAAGCAUCUCCCAUUCCCUGGUCUCAAAGAAAUAUGCCAACACUACGGAACGUAUAAGAAUGACAAAUUACUCAAAAAGUAUAUCCAGGGCUUGCCGGACAAAUACUUAUCAACUGAUAUCAAACUUUAUUACUACCAGAAUUGCACGAACGAGGAAGGCCUCGCAUUCACCGAAAGAGUUACUUUUGAAGAUAACCCCCAACCUAUCAUUGACUUACUCAUCCAUCAACACAGGAUAAAAUGUGCAUCAGAAGUGUAUAAGAAAGUUCCUUUACUAAUCGAGUACAACACAUUUAUAAACAAGCAUUUACUGGAUUCAUUGGUUGACGAUGCAGUAGCGCUUCUUUUAUCAGGAAAACUUGACGAAAAUGAAUAUUCAAAAACAUUGAUUAGCUUGCUAAAAUUUGAUGAUAAAAGGGGAAUUGGCGUACUUAAAAAUGGCCCUUCUAAAUACUACAAUAUCAACCAAACUGUAAUGAAAGACCUAUCAGAAACCACACAGGACGAAAAAGGGUAUUUGCUUCUACGCAUAGAGUUGAUGGAAAUUACAGAAAACUCAUCAGAAGAAUUGCUACAACUUAUCGUACAAGCCAUGAACCUAUUAUAUGACAGCCUCAAGGAUGAAUUUACACUUUUGCAUCAAGAAUUUAGACGCCUCAAUUCAUUGGAGAACGAGAGAUGGCCAAAACUAUCCUGGCCAAACUUUCUUGAUAUAAGUGGAAAAUCCAAAGAGCUACUGACAUUUGUUGAGCUUUACUUAAAAUCGUUUGAAUUGGCACGUGAGGCGCCCGAUGGACCCAUCUUUGACUACCACAGAAUGUUUAACAACCACGACAUUGACGCUUUAUUGGAGUUUGGCGAUUAUUCAACAGCUGAAUCAAUAGCAACAGGAACAAAUCCCUUCCCGAAAAAGACCUUUUAUGGAACAAUGGAUUUCACUUCACAACCAAGCACCACCGGACUCAUACAAAUCCUCAAUUUUUACUUGACGCAGUACUCCUCUGGCAAGCAAGUAGAAAAUACGAUUAAACACUUUGCUGAGGCUUACUAUCAUACUAUCGCACCAUGGCAGUUUCUCCAACUAAUCCCACCAGACUUCCCACUAGCGCAUUUAGUCGGCUAUUUCCAUUUAGUCACGACCGAUCAAACCCAACAAUACAGAGACGUUUUGAUUAGAAAGUCUAUUUCUAGAGCCGAAAAUCUACGUACAAAAAAACUCUUAGAUGUAUCCAAGUAG